AUGACCCUCAAAUCAAAAAUCCUAGUAGUUGCCGGAGGAAUCACAGUCCUAGCCGUCGGAACCGCAGUCAUCGUCAUCGCGACUCCCGCCCUUGCAGUCCAAGCCUCCGCAACCGCAGUCUCCUAUGUCCUCGCCAAUGGCUGUCUCAUCAUCAAGGAAGUUCUCACGGGGUUCUUCUCUGCCGGAGCGAUUUGGUACCUCUGGGGUUGCCUCCGUCCUUGCUCCUCCUCUUCUACAGCCCACAGGCACCGCCAUGAAUCGCAUUUGGUCCCGGUACAGCCUUACCACACAGGCUGGGAGCCAGACUCGAUCGCCCUCUCCCCACGGCCACGAACAUCCUUCCAAUCCCACCGCUCCCAGCACCGAGGCCGUCCACGCUCAAGCUCGGUAAUAUCCCUCCUCUCAGAAUUCGAACUCGAACUCCCCGUCUCGGUAUUCGAUACACCCCGUUCCCCAGCCCUGGUCGGAACACCCUUCUCCGACGACGCCCGGUCACGCGCGAGUUCCCGCUCCCGCUCCCCUGCUGUAACAGGCUCGGGUUACAACACCGGCUCGGCGUCGCCGGCAUGGACGUUGGAUGAGACGACGAGAUCAGAGAUGUAUGGGGUGACGACGGUCAUUGACUCGUAUGUCCAACGGGGUCUUCGACAGCGCUUCUCGGGUGUUUGA